CUCACCACCUCAACUGUCACACUAUGUUCGAAGAUUCCGAAGAAGCAGGACCUGCAGGCAACCAGCAGUGGGGUUUGGAUGGUGGCCAACAUCACAGGCGAUGGAAUGUGUAUCUCGGAAUUCCUGAUGAAUGGGUUUCUGCAAGAGAUUAUAGCGGGAGUGAACUUGAAGUGAGGAAGACAUUACCUGCUCCGUUCGAUAGAUAUCUAACUUAUGUGAUUGACAGCGCGGUCCCUUAUUCAGUGAUAACUACAUCUUUGGAGUCUGCAGACGAGCUAUCCGAAGCUGUAGUUCCUUCUCUGCCGGCCGAAGAAUGUCCGCCCGUUAAACGUCGAUGUGCUCCACAGGCUCGAAGGGUCCAGAGAGGGAGGAAAAGAAAAUAGACAUUGGCUUAUGUAUACCUAGUUGUACAUGGCUCUGAGGCAAAUAAGGUAACAAAAGAAUGGUCGUGAACUCAUCCAA